CGCUUGCGCGUUUAGUCGUUUUAGCGACGCUGUGGUCUAUUGGAGUGCAGCGACACUCCGCGGUCCUCGUUUAAUUCUGUGCCGUGCGUUUUGUCAAUUUUAUCGAAAUGGAUCCGGUAAAAAUGACCAUGCAGCCACACAGCAGGAAACGCGUCUGCUACUAUUACGACAGUGAUAUCGGAAAUUACUAUUAUGGCCAGGGACAUCCUAUGAAGCCGCAUCGUAUAAGGAUGACUCACAAUCUGCUUUUGAACUAUGGUCUUUAUAGGAAGAUGGAAAUAUAUCGGCCUCAUAAAGCCACUGCAGAUGAGAUGACAAAAUUUCACAGUGACGAGUACAUCAGAUUUUUAAGAUCUAUAAGGCCGGACAAUAUGUCGGAAUAUAACAAGCAAAUGCAACGAUUUAACGUAGGAGAAGACUGUCCCGUUUUCGAUGGUUUGUAUGAAUUCUGUCAAUUGUCAGCCGGCGGGUCUGUAGCCGCCGCUGUAAAGCUCAAUAAGCAAGCUUCUGAGAUCUGCAUUAAUUGGGGUGGUGGCUUGCACCAUGCGAAAAAGAGCGAGGCUUCUGGCUUUUGCUACGUGAAUGACAUUGUGCUCGGAAUAUUGGAACUGCUAAAGUACCAUCAGAGAGUCCUGUACAUUGAUAUCGAUGUUCAUCACGGCGACGGCGUAGAAGAGGCUUUUUAUACGACGGAUAGAGUAAUGACAGUUUCGUUCCACAAAUACGGCGAAUACUUCCCUGGAACGGGAGAUCUUCGUGAUAUCGGGGCGGGCAAGGGAAAAUACUAUGCAGUCAACAUACCUUUGAGAGAUGGUAUGGACGAUGAUAGCUAUGAGUCGAUUUUUGUCCCGAUUAUAUCAAAAGUGAUGGAAACAUUUCAACCUUCCGCUGUUGUUCUACAGUGUGGGGCUGAUUCGUUAACUGGUGAUCGAUUGGGAUGUUUUAAUUUAACUGUGAGGGGCCAUGGUAAGUGCGUAGAAUUCGUAAAGAAGUAUAAUUUGCCUUUCCUGAUGGUUGGAGGUGGUGGUUACACCAUCAGAAACGUGUCCAGAUGUUGGACAUAUGAGACAUCGGUCGCUCUCGGAUGUGAGAUUGCUAAUGAACUUCCUUAUAACGAUUAUUUCGAAUAUUUUGGUCCGGACUUCAAAUUGCAUAUUAGUCCGUCAAACAUGGCGAACCAAAAUACUCCCGAAUACCUGGACAAGAUCAAAACAAGGUUGUUUGAAAAUUUAAGAAUGCUACCUCACGCACCUGGUGUGCAAGUCCAGGCAAUCCCAGAAGACGGAGCAGUUAUUGAAGAUUCGGAAGCUGAAGAUAAAACAAAUCCGGAUGAUAGAUUGCCUCAACGCGAUCUAGAUAAGAGAAUGCAACAUGAAAAUGAAUAUAGCGAUAGUGAAGAUGAAGGCGAAGGCGGACGAAGGGACAAUAGAUCAUAUAAAGGAUCUAGGAAGCGGCCUCGUUUAGAAAAAGGUCAAGAGGCCAUGGACACUGAUAUAAAGAAAGAAGAGGAUAUGAAGACAGAUGCUAAAGAAAAUGAAAAGGACGAUAAAGUAAAUCCCACGAAUGAGGAGACGAAGAAAGAUGGAGGAGCGAAUCCCUGAUAGAUGGUUGCCCCGGAGUAUCUGAGAAAAUGGAGAAGCUCUUAUUUAAAUUAAGUAAUGAAUAAGUUUAAAUAACUUAAAAAUGGCAGCACGCCGUGCAUAGAUGUCUGCUGCCUCUACCUCGCGCGCACCCUACAUUUCGACAUUUAUUAUGUUUUUAUUAAAAAAAAAAAUCUUGAACGUUCAAACGUCUAGAAAUAUCGGAUCUAUUCGUAGAGGGUCACACGCACCCUCUUGAAAUUGACACGUAUGAGCGUGUAUGUAGCUUAUUAUACCCUGCAAUUUUAACUAUAGACCGUUAGGAGUUCCGAAAUGUAUCUUUAGUGUUCUGAAAUAUGUUUUUUUCCGGAAGGUGGUUAGAAUCAUACCGCACAAAGAUAAUUAAGAAUAUCUACGUUCGCGUAACAGCGUUUCGAUCGAUUCGUCAGAAUUUUAUUAUCUGACCACAAUUCUUUUUAUACAUAUAUUCGUUUAUAGCGUGUCACUUCAACUUGUAACUCAAUUUUCAUACGAGAUCAUUCGUCAAUAAGUCGCUGUGUUUCAGAUUUUUAUAUAAAUGCUUCAAGAAUUUUACACAAACAUAGAAAUAUUUCAAGAUUGGAUCAUAAAAUAUUGACGAUCGAUUUAGAAUAUUAACGAGAUUAUAUCGCCCAAAUGUGCUGCAAUCAAACUCAUACAAGAUACAUAAAAUGAUACGUAUAUAAACGUACGUCGGUCGCGUACAUUUUGUUUGCGCGAUUGACGUAAUUUCGUACGUCUUCUUACCCAUGCGAUUGAUUGAAUCACAAUAGAGAUUACUACACAAUUUAUACUAAGGAAAAGGAUGAAACUAUCCUUUAAUAACAACUGCUCUUGAAAAUUACACAUCAAUGAGUUUGUUUCGCUUCCUAUUCUUGUACAUAAUAUGCAAAUUAAUCUUGAAAGGAAUUAAUCCUUGCAUGCAAUAACAAUAUUGUAAUCAUAAUGUUCUUUAUGAAAGUGUAAAAUAUGUCUUACAUUACUCGAAAAAUUAGCAGAUGUUCUUUUGACCCUUUAAUUUAUCUGGUAAUUUAUUCGAUGAAUAUAAUUAGCUUGUAACAUAUUUUAGAGUGCAAAGACUACAGGAGAUUGUAGUUCAACAUUAAAAGUUUAUAGACACAAGUCUAUUUCAUUGUGUUGGAUUUUCUAGCAAGAACUUGUUACAAGUUAAUUCCCACGCCCAAUUCUGACCAGAUAAACUAAAGGUGCUAAGAAAGGAAUAAAUAUCUUAAUAUUUUUGAGUAAUGUAUACACAAGAGAGAAACGAAAUAAAGUGCGGUAAAGUUAGGGCAGUUGAGGAAUUAUGUAAUCAAUUUAAAAUGUAAUUGUAGACUUUUAAACGUAUCCUAGGCAAAACUUAUCUUAAUUUAUACAUAGAUAUAAAAAAAAUAUGAAAAUAAUUAUUCAUGUGGCAUCCGUAUUGAUCUCUAAAGAAAAAAUUCAAAAUCGCGAUGCCAUUCCAAAGAUCGAAUCGAUCUUGCUGUAACAAAAAAAUUUUAUUACAAAAUUUGUCUUCAGACUAAAUUCUUGCGUAUUCUCAGAUUUUCGUGCAAAAGCAAUAAUUGCGUAUUUAUAAAUUUAUGUACAUAAAAUUUGUCCUUUUUUUUCCUUUUGUGAUGUCAGAGUACUCAAUCAGGUCGAAUCAGCGGCCGUUGUCGAUUUUGAAUAACUUGUAAUAAUCCGUAAUGUGCGACUGAUUGACAUCAGACAUAAAAGCAGAUUUAAAAGGAUUCUUGCAUUAUGUCUCAUGUAAGUCAAAUCGAGAUAUAGAUCAAGUAUUAAAUAUUUAUGUCCACGCAUAAGAAUACACAUAUGGACGUUUUUAAAUAUUUAUAAUAAAAAAUAAAGAAAUCUA